AUGAAUUUUUUAGAAUAGAGUUUUGGAAAAUAAGAUCCCCUCUAAUAGACAGCUCAAUUUUUUAAACCCCCAAUUGAUAAACCUUAGUAGUAAAAUAUCAAGAAGCGAAGAGAGAACUCUUUACCUCAGUAACAUCUAGCAGCCAUAAAAUCUUUAUUGUAAUUAACUAAGCCUUUACAAAAGAAUGCUCUGUCUAGAAAAACAACUAUGUACUCUAUUCAGGAUUCUAAUAAAGAAAAUAUAUGUAAUUACUAAAGUACUUAAUAAAUUAAAAAGAAAAGUGAAAAAGAUGUUUCAAACCUUAGUAACAACAAUUUUGAUUAAAAUAUUAAGAAAUCUCAAAAUUCUCUUUUACAUUAACAAUACGAAUCAUGCAAAACAAUCAAAAAAUCUAAUCUUCUUUAAUGCAAUAGUUUAAGUUUCAAUCAAAUAUAAAGCAAUUAAAAAUUCUAUACAACCUCGAAUAGUCACGAUAAAAAGCAUAGUAUUAAGGUCAAAGAUCCUUAUCGAAUUUUCUCUCAGCCUUAAAUUUCAGUUUCUAAAAAGGAUUCCUCCAAAUCUUUUGUUAAUUACAAAGCCUAAAAUAAAUUAGUUGAGAGAAUAUUUUCUUCCAGAUCUGAUAGUUUUUAAAUAUGA